AUGCAUUUACACCAGGUGUCGCUCCCCACCAUACCUGACGUGGACUCCACUCGCGAAGCGGGGCGUACUCCGUCGCCGUCGCCAUCGUAUCGGUCCGACUCAGACACACUUCCUGCUGAAGACGAAGAAUCCAUGCUUGGCGCCGUGUCAACGGAGCAUGAGGAAACGGACACCGCUGUGCAUUCACGACUCACGCUGAGGCUCAGCAUCGCACGAAGUCUCUCGCCAUUUGUCCCGAACUUCGACCAUUCGUGCUUGGACGCCCUGGACGACUUGCUCCUGACGUCGCCGGCGGACUCGUUUGCGGACGUGUGCUAUGCGGCUUCCAUAUGCGACGCCGGUUCGGACGACAUGCCUCUUAGCCGCAUUGCGAGCCCGACGUCGUUCGCGUCUAUUUCAUAUGCGAGGCCGCGCGCGGGGAAGGCGUUUGAUAGGACCCUUCUUUCCGUCGAGACGGAUCAUGAGCGCGCAUUGGCACAAGCUACAUCUGAUGCUGUAACGCAAGAUGGCGCGGUGGAUCUCUCGACACCCAUGCGGUUCUACUCGCUGCGUGCGCUCCCUCCUCUGCCCGUAUCCCCCCCUCCGCAGCCGGAGACUCCGGGUUUGUCGCCGACACGGGUGCACAGUCCGCUGUCGGUGUCGUCGUUGUCGGAGCCAGGCAGUCCGCCUAUGCAGGACUUUGGAGCGCCAUUUGGGGCGGAACCAAUCUUAGACCCCAACCUUGAACAGGAGGUCGCCCUUGGUUCUCCGCGUCUAAGGACGGGCGCAUUCAUGCUACCAAGCUGGGAUGAGAUUAUGGAGGAGGAAGCUGGCGACCAUCCUGCACAUGCGGAUGCGGAUACGAACCACGUACAGGUGACCGGGGAGCAUUUUGGUUAUCCGCUCCUCUCCGAGAACGCGAAGAAUACGGUGUUCGCGUACCCAUACUCGCUCGACGCGGACGGACACCCUUACAUAUUCUCUCGGGCCCUACCAGACCCGACGUGCUCCGUCCACUGCUUCCCGCGGUGGGUGGACGACACCGGAGUGCGAAAGAACAAGCGCGGGCCGCUGAGCGUGCUGACGAUGUUCAGGGGCUGGACGGCGACUACCCUCAUGAACCGGCCCUGCGCGCCGGUGGCCUCUUGUAUCGCCACACCACCUGUUACUCUCUUUUGUUCGCUCACGUCUCGCCUCCCGCCCAUCGACUUGUACGAGCCCCCGAUUCUAGUUCCGUGUACACGCUCGACCGCAGGCAUCUCGCAUACACAAGAGUCUCAGGAGGACAUCGUCGGCUUGCACGCAAUCGGGUCUCCACGUUGGAGGCCGUAUUCAAGUAUCUUGGACCGCGAGUCGAAACGCGAAAGCGAUGCACAUGAUGUGCGCCGCGAACGGCUGCGCAUCAUGGCAGAGGAGACACUGGAUGCCAUAGAGAGAGGUCACUAUGUCCUGGACGGCACGCAGCACGACCUGAGCGCCGGCGUCGCGCUCUCCAGGAGGAACGUCAAGUAUUACUCCCCAGAUUCCCUGCUCUCCGGAUGGUCGACCAUGCGUCCCCCCGGCCGCACCACGCCUGCGGAGAUCUCCGUCCUCGAGGUGUCCACGCUGGAGGGGGCUCGCCUGCUGUCCGCGCAGCGCAGCGACCCCGCGCGGCGCGUCGGCAUCCUCAACUUCGCAUCCGCCACGAAGCCGGGGGGCGGCUUCAAGAACGGCGCGCAGGCGCAGGAGGAGUCGAUCGCGCGCGCGUCGACGCUAUACCCGACGCUGGUCACGCCGCUCGCGCAGACGUUCUACGCCCUGCACCUCGCCGGCGGGCGCGGCGGGUACUACACGCACGCGAUGGUGUACUCGCCGGGCGUGACGCUCUUCCGCGACGACGCGGGCGGGUGGGCCGCGCCGCUGGACGUGGAUGUGCUCACGAGCGCGGCGGUGAACGCGGGCGUCGUGCGGCAGCGCCUGCCCGCCCGGCUGGUGGGCGCAGACGACGGCGGGGCGGUGGAGGAGAGGAUCGCGGGCGUGAUGCGCGAGCGGAUGGCGCGCGUGCUGUGCCUGUUCGAGGUGCAGGGUGUGCGGGACGUCGUGCUGGGCAGCUUCGGGACCGGGGUGUUCCGCAACGACGUUGGCCUGGUGGCGGGCAUAUGGGCGGAUUUGCUGCUGGGCGAGGGCGCGCGGUUUGGGGCGUCGUUCGAGCGCGUGGUGUUUGCGAUCCUUGGGCGGCCCACUUUCGAGACGUUUGAGAGGGUGUUUGCCGAACGGCGGACGGGUCCUGUGGCUGCCGGCCGGACGUCAUCAUGA